CGGCGCCCCUGUCAGUAGUACGAGUGUCCGUGCAGGACUGAGAGGGCACCGGGGUCAUUCCACCGCCAUGAACAUCACUGAGAGGGUCUCCACUCCCGUCAAAUGCCGGGUUCAUCUACAUGUUCACCUGGAAGGCUCGAUGCGCUCAUCGACGCUCUGGGACCUCAGAAGACAGAAGAACUUGCCGUUACCUGGAAAUGGCGCUUUGAAGGAUCUCGAAGAAACCUUAAAGAUAAACUCGCCGGGUGAUCUGGCGUUCUGCCUGGAGAAAUUCCAAUGGCUGCUGCCCGCACUUGAGGGGGACCUGGCCGCGAUCGAGCGCGUGGCGUUCGAGUUUGUCGAGGACGAGGCUGGUGGCGCGGUGCUGUACACGGAGCCGCGGUUCAGCCCGCGCCUGCUGGUGGGCGCCGGCGGCCAGGUGACGGCCCGCCAGGUGACGGAGGCGGCGCUGCGCGGCCUGGCGCGCGGUCAGCAACAGUUCGGCGUCACCGCCCGCCUCCUGCUCUGCUGCAUCAGGGGGAUGCCCGAGAACUACAUGGACACGCUGGACAUUUGCACAGAGUACCGCGACAAGGGCGUGGUGGGUAUGGACAUCGCAGGAGACGAGGCGAUGGCCGUGCCAAAGGACGGCGACGCCGCCAGCUGCAUACAAAGCUCAGCGGCAGAGUUGGCAGUGUUCCAGGAGGCGGCCCGGCGCGGGAUCCACCGCACUGUUCACGCCGGGGAGAUGGGCCCAGCCUUCAUGGUGCAGAUUGCGCUCGAUAAGAUGCACGCCGAGCGGAUCGGUCACGGCUACCACGUGCUGGAGGAUGAGGAGCUGUAUAGACGCUGUAUCAAGGAGCGCGUCCACUUCGAGUGCUGUCCCUCCUCCAGCUAUCACGCCGGACUAGUGCCGCUCACACAAACCAAACAUCCCAUUCAAAGGUUCUGUGAGGACGGAGCCAACUUUUCAGCGAAUUUGGAUGACACAAUCAUCUUCCAGUAUUCUUUCGAGGACGAACACACCCUUUUGCGUCGUAUGGGCUUCACCGAGGCUAACUUCGCCUCCAUGAACUUUAACGCAGCUAAAGCCUGCUUCCUACCUGAAGACGAGAAAAAGGAACUGCUGAAGACACUGCUCAAAGCUCAUGGUGUUCCUGACGUCAUGUAGCAUUACUUUACGUGUGCGUAAUUACCCAAUCUUCGGGCAACUCACAUAUUGUGAAUGGAAAAUGAAAUAAACUUUUAACAUGGGCUUUGAACGAAACAA